CGAAUGUCUAAGGAUCCGACUGCACAUUGGGAUCACGAUUCUAGUGUCAAUGCCCGUUGGAAACUGUUUGCAACAUGUCUCGCCUUAUGGACUUCUUAAAACGCCCGGCAUUUUCUGUCUCUCGCCGUGGCGUACCUGAAGCCAACGCGGACGCUGCCUUGAGUGAUAAGCCUGAUGAGACCCAUGAACCCCCUCAAUCAUCUCCACUUACUGAGCCCUCCUCGCUUUUAUCAAGACCUACUGUUGUUGAUUCCCUGGGCAAUCCAGAUUAUCCGCUGAGCAAUUCUUUAUUGACUCCCGUCAAAGGCUCGGACAAAAAAAAGUCCACCGAACCAACCUCCCAGGGAGAUGACAGAGAACGUUCUUCCUUAAGCAGAAGCUUCAGUGUCUCGCAACGCAUAAAAAAGGAUGGAAAGGAAGUAGUUAUUAGCUCUGAUGGUGAAGAAACAGAGUCUUUACAUUCACUGGAAGAUCCUGAGAAUCUCUUCAUGAAUGCUACCGAUACCAGAGAUAGUCAAAAUAAAAUGCAUGAUAUCUCGACCGACAAAGGCAUGAAGCUACGAUCUCGACGGAUAAAAGGUAUGGUAGAUACCAAUCAGCCAAUUCUACCGGGUAUCUCUGCGCGGAAGUACAAGUUCACUCUCGAUUCACUUGUUACAAGUGCAGUCGACGAUCGUGAGGUCGAGGCUAGUGUGGCAGAACUAAAAGCUACCUUUGAAGCCACUACUUCACAGAAGCAUUGUGACUCAUUGCUGAACAAUGAUGCUUCAGGUGUGGGUGGUCGACGCAGGCAGUUACAGAAACAUUUGACAUCAGCACUUGACAAUGAUGAUGGGGGAACGGAGUUGCAACGCCUAUAUGACGCCGUUCAACGGACUGAGGCUUUUGACGAGGAGAAGACGUGGUCCUUUUUUGACAAUAGCCUUGGUUUACCGCCGCCGGAAUUUCCACGAGACACGAUUGCUCCAGGCACAUAUCUAGCUGUUCUGAGGGAGCCUGAUUCCCGCCAGCGGGCACUCCAUUCUGGAAUAGUCAACCUUGCUCUAUCGAGAAAUCUCGUUCCAGCUGAGUUAAUUACUUGGAUCUUCCAAUCUGUAUCAUCCGAACCUCGCCAAGAUCUGAGAUAUACGUGUUGUAGGGUUUUCAGGCACGUCACUGCAGAUCAAGUAAAAUCACUCAUUCGCCCAAACGACAUCGAUGAUCUCUUUCGGCGGCUGGGUGCUAAACCAGAAGCAUUGGACCUCUCGAAAGCACUUGUCCCUGACUCUCCAACUCAACCCAACCCUUCGAAGGAUGCACACAAAAGAAAUUCGCCCUUACUCUCUGUCCUGGAAUUGCUGCGGGACUCGGCAUAUUUGUUUGCCAAUGAUACCCGAGAACAUAUAUUAAACAUCUUAUUCCGGUUAGAAGCCGAUGCAUCUUUAGUAGGGGAUAGUGUGGUCUGUCCCGAACUGGAGCAUGCAAUUACGAGUGUGCUGAAAAGUAUUCCGGAGAGCAGUAUUGAGAGCACGGUGCAACGUAUCUGCAUGAACGCCUUCGGGACUGUGAACGAUGCGGUAUUUCAGAGCCGUAUUCUGAAGCAUAUACUACCAACAUCAGACUGGAUUGCAUUGUUUCGAUGUCGUCUUGCAGUUGCCUUUCUAAUUCGAGAUCCGGCACCACUUACUGAAUCACCAGAGGCAGUAUUCGAUCUAAAGCGUAUCAGAAACGUUCUCAAAGAUCGGCGCUUCAAUAUUAAAGCCCAUAAGGGGAAACGCGACGUCGAAUACGACUACGAGGAGCUUGGAGCAAUAACUACACUUCUCAACAUCGCCAUUAACCCUGAGUCGUUGAAGCUUUCUCUCACCACAAAAAUGGACGAAGACAGAUUUAAUGAGGAAGUUGAUAAGCUUGCAGACCGGAUAAAAAGAAUCUUCAUCUCCAUCGAGGACUCGGGUGCGUCUCAUCUCAGACGGACUCAAGCGAAGGAGGGCCUUGAAGCAUUACAUUAUCGCAUUGUAUAUUCUCUUCGAACGAAGCCUCGUCCGAAGAAAAACCUGUUUGGGACAUAUGGGAGGGACGACUGGCAAGCAAUGAGCCGCAGCAGCUCAUUCAUGGAGAAAUAUUUGACUGUCAGUCGUUCGGGAGCAGAUGAUGAUAAACCAGCCCUCAUUCCAGAGAACGACGGUUCAUAAUGGCUCGCCUUCACGGUCCAUGUCAAUUAUAAUCAUUCUGUAGUUCGGGGAAAAGGCACACUAAGCAUAGCUGGGCGUCUAAGUAAUGACGUUGAUGACUCCGAUAGUAACUACCUUGAGCUGAAGCGUAAACCAGCGGAUACAUGGUCG